AUGAAAAUACGGAAACGAUUCGGAACCUGGAAUAUAAGAACUCUAGCAGAAACAUCAAAACUUGCUCAACUUGAACGUGAAUUUGUACGUCUCAAUCUUUUAUUCAUCGGGCUAAGCGAAGUAAGAUGGAAUGGCUGCGGCGAAUACAAAACAUCCUCCGGCGCUACACUCAUAUACUCAGGAAAGGCCACAGGCGAAAAAAGAGAAAGUGGAGUAGGCUUUCUAUUAUCCAAAGAAGCUAAACAAGCGCUCAUAGAAUGGCAACCACAUGGCGACCGAAUAAUUCUGGCAAAAUUUAAAACUCGAGCCAGAACCCUCACAUGCAUACAGUGUUACGCGCCUACUGAAGUCACCGAUCCACAAAUCAAGGAAAAUUUUUAUGACUCCCUAUACUCUGUUUUAAAUAAAUGCCCUAGAGGUGAAAUAAAGCUCGUCAUGGGAGAUUUCAACGCACAAAUCGGGCCAGAUAACAAUGGAAGAAAGCAAGUGAUGGGUAAACAUGCUCUCGGCACAAUGAACGAUAAUGGGGAGCGUAUCUAUGAAUUAUGUAACACCAUGGGCCUCACCAUAGGAGGUAGUCUCUUCCCGCACAAACAUUUGCAUAAAGUCACUUGGAUUUCCCCAGAUAAUGCAACAGAAAAUCAAAUCGACCACAUUGCCAUCAGCAAAAUGUGGAGACAUUCAUUAUGUGAUGUCAGAAAGAAAAGAAGUGCAGACAUGGCUUCUGACCACCAUCUAUUAAUCGGUGAAAUACAACUCAAAUUAAAUGCGGUCUUUAGAAAGCCACAAUUCAAAAGGAAACGGUUCGAUCUCGCCAAACUCGACAACCCUACUGUUCAAAAUAACUAUCAAUCUCUUUUAUCGGCCCAAAUCCCUAAUUCCUUGCCACUAGAAGAAGAAAUCUUUGAAGCCGAAACUUAUUGGGAACAAGCAAAAUGUGCCUUCACUGAAGCAGCACAACAAAGUGUCGGUAUUCCUCAACGUCAAAAUAAUCCGUGGAUCACCGAACAUACAUGGAAUCUUAUAAAAGCGCGCAAAGGAGAAAAAGAAAAGGUUAACAGGGCAAGAACGCGCCAAACAAAGCAACAGGCACAAGCCAACUACAGUAUUGCCAACCGCAAAGUUAAACGCAGCGCUAGAGCCGAUAAGCGCAGAUGGCUCGACAAUUUAGCAACAGAAGCCCAAAAAGCAAGCGAAUCACAUAGGCUCAAAGACCUACACAACAUCACUAAAGCUAUGGUGGGACGUAAACACAGGAUUGCAAAGCCAAUAAAAAAUACCAGAGGCGAACUAGUACACUCUACCGAAGAUCAGCUAAAAGUUUGGGAAGAUCACUACAGAAAUCUCCUAGCGGGAAACAACACCUAUCCUCAGCAGGAACUAUGUAGUAGACACCACGAACAUGUUGCUCGCAACGAUAUAAACACAUAUGUACCUAACAUCAGUGAAAUUGAGGCAGCAAUAACUCAGCUUAAAGCAGGUAAGUCCGCUGGUCCGGACAAUAUUGCCCCCGAACUGCUCAAAGCAGACAAAAUUUCAGCUGCUCAAAUUAUUCAACCAAUUGUCAACAACUUCUGGUCCCAAGAGUCAUUACCGCCUAAUCUUAAAGACGGCAUCAUUAUUAAUAUACCAAAGAAAGGUAACCUGAUGGAAUGCUCCAACUGGAGAGGCAUAACUUUACUAAAUGUAGCUUAUAAAGUUAUUGCUCAAAUUUUACAUAAACGUUUAACUUCGGCCGCUGAGCCUACACUACGAGCCGAGCAAGCAGGAUUUAGGCAUAAUCGAUCAUCUAUAUUAAUAUCUGCUGUGUUGUGUAUGGCUCAAAAUAAUCCAGUUAAAAUUGAAAUAAUUAAAAAUAAUCCUAGUAAAGAUCCAAAAUUUCACCAAGAGGAAGUAAUGAGAUUUGCUCUUUUAGUUAAAAUGCCUAUAUUUUUAGUUAAUUUAUGGUCACCUAAAGCUCAUGUUGAAACUCUAAUUUCCGGUUCAAUAAUUUUAGCUGAAAUUAUAUUAAAAUUAGGAGGAUAUGGUCUUUUACGGUUAGAUUAA